GAUCCAGACGAGAGGGUUUGUGGAAAGCAGAAGAGAGCUGGUAAGCGGGGCGUUUCUGCUCUGGAUUGCUUCACCGGGGAGGUCACCCUUUUACCUUUAAAUAUCCAGGAGAACGAGAGCUACAUUAGAUGCUGUCUCACGACCUGAAGAGCGUCUCUCAUCCAGAAGCCUCUGACUGAAACGCUUGGGUAACAAGAAAGGGACCGCCAAGUCUUCCGUACCAGACUGAUCCUAAUAUAAAGAACCAUGUGGAGUGACAUCUUCUACCCUGAAAAUCCUUGGAGAAGGGAGCAGCUCAUCCGUAGAAAUCAAGAGCUUCACGAUCUGAUGAAGAGCAACUUCAGAGCCACCAACCAACUGAUUGAUGUCAUGAACAAGUACUUGAGCUGCUCCUUCGAACACAUCUACCUGAACGAGAGCGCGACUCUUCGAGAGAACUGUGACAUGAUCAUUGGAUCCAUUCAUAAGAUACAGGCAGAAGUAGAGAGGAUUGACGUAAAGCUGAAGGAGAAGUUGGAGCCCACUCUGUACGAGAAACUGAGAAACCUGCCAUCUCUGUCUUCUCCGGACUUUAAAGCCAUUUCAAAGGCCUUUGAAGCAGUUUGUGGUAUCGCAACCGUGGGAGCUACUGUUUUAGUUAGCUAUUUAAUUGAGAAAGGAAUUAUUCUGACAAACAUAACAAGAACGUAUGCUAUAAUUGCAGCAGGUACAUUAGCCAGUGUUGGGCUAGCGGUGGUGUUCUUGGGGAUCGAUAUGAUUAUUGAGGCCAUCGUUGGGAAAAUUGAGGGAGAUAAACUUAAGGAGGCCCUGGAACAGUAUGACCGGGCUUUGCAGGAAUUCAGACCGGCGUCUGAAAAAUAUCAGGAUAACAUUACCUAUGUCAGAAGCAGAAUUGAGGUUUUAAAUGAAUAAAACAUGAGGUUAAAAUGUUUUCUUUUUGUGCUUGCUGGAAUUUUAAACCAAUAAUCAUUACAUGUUUGUGCUGAAAAGGACAAUAAAUGACAGUUCUGCCAUUAAAGGGUCAUCAUA